AUGUCCGAGAUCACAUGCAAGUACAUGGACGAAAUGGGCGAGACAGGUGUGGGCAUAACUCAAGAAGACGAGAUUAAUAUGGAUGUGAAAAAUUCAUUUACAACAAAGUGGGCAAUUAUUAAAGAAGCAUGCCCAUGGUUCUUUGACAUGUGGGAGCUUAUAGCUGAGCGCCCAAAUCAAGUUCCCGUUGGUCUCGGGCACAGUUAG